UGUUGAUAGGGCUUGCCUCAUUAUCUCUCUCUCUCUCUCUCUCUAACGAUAUGUUUGAUCUCUGUUGAAGGAGAUAACGACAACGUCUUCACUGUCAUAAAGACGACCAUCAAUUUCUUGGAAAAAGCCACCUGGCUAGAGUGAGCCAUCGUCGAAGUCGGUUGAUAUUUCACUUUCUAUCUUUUCUUCUUCCUUCAGAUGAACCAGAUCUGCACCUGCUACUAUGAUUUCAGAUUCGCCAGCGAGUUUGCUUUCGACGGAAUUUGGGGUUUAUCAAAUUUGAUCAAGGCGCCCUUACAGUGGUAACAAGUUCCAGCUUAAGGGUUCUCUACAAACGAGUUUCAAAGUGGCCAGAGUAGGAGCCCAGCGAAAAAACAAUAACAACAUGGGGAUUGCUGUUUAGCACCUGCGAUCUACUGCUGGG